AUGAGUCAAGAAAUACCUCUACCCAAACUAGAGGACUAUGGGCUGUCUGCAGCUAAUGGGUUCCUCCCUGCAGAAUUUCCAGUCACUGAAUUAUCAGAUAUUUACUAUAAACCGUGGGAAACAGUGGUAGCCCGGUUACCUUCGCUUCUUCUAUCUAAAAAAAUAAGAGCUGUGGUUGAUAGGUUGCCCAUUUUGAAAGUCAAAGAAUCUCUAUUGGAUAAUGUGGGCGAACUAAGAAGGGCAUACUCGGUUUUGUGCUUCAUCACAAAUGCGUAUGUUUGGGGAUACGACGAGCCUUCCGAUACGCUUCCGGAUUGCAUUGCAGAGCCUCUGCUGGUAAUUAGUGAGAAGUUAGGGCUACCUCCUUUAGCAACCUAUUCUUCACUUAUCCUUUGGAAUUUCAAGCCGAUCCUGGAUGAUCCAGAACUUGUGGAUAAUUUGAUGGACCUCGAAAAUUUAACCACAAUCAAUACUUUUACAGGCGGAAUUGAUGAAAGCUGGUUUUACUUGGUUAGCGUUUUUUUUGAAAAAACGGGAGCUCAGUGCAUUCAUGCUGGACUAAAUGCAAUACAAGCUGUCAGAGAUGGAAAUGACAAAGUUAUAAUCAAUGAACUCGAGAAGGUCGCCCAAGGAAUUGACAAUUUGGGGUCUUUGCUCAUGAGGAUGGAGGAAAUGUGUGAUCCUCACGUUUUUUUUUUCAGAAUCAGACCUUACUUAGCAGGAUGGAGAAAUAUGACCGAUGCCGGACUGCCUAACGGCAUAAGGUAUGGCUCUACUGGCUCUUAUCAACAAUAUGCCGGUGGUUCAAAUGCCCAAAGCUCACUUAUUCAAGCUUUAGAUAUAUUGCUAGGUGUCGAACACUUCGCGAUGGGGAAGAAAGCUUCUUCAGAGAAAACAAUUUCCGCUCAAGCAGGCAAGAACUCGUUCAUUAACGAAAUGCGCAAAUACAUGCCAAAGGAUCACCGCGAUUUUCUGGAUCACUUGGGGAAGGUGAGCAACGUCCGGGACUACGUGCUUUCUCACAAAUCUAAUGAAAAACUCGUUCUCUCAUACGACGCAUGCCUAGCGAUGUUGAAGUCUUUCCGUGACAAGCACAUUCAAAUUGUGUCUCGUUACGUUAUAUUACAAGCCUCUAAAAAACCUGUUGUGAGCAAGGCUAAAACGUUGAGAAGCGGCCUCUCUAAAGCACAGGGUAAGAAAGAGCAGAAAGGAACUGGCGGGACAUCUUUGAUCCCAUUUUUGAAGCAAUGCAGAGAUGAAACGGGCAGUGCAGCAGCUAGUGAGUGGGGUAAAAAAGUUCUAAGCACAGGUGUCUUGAAGGUAGAGAAUUCAAGCAGUGUCGUGGGAAUUCGUAAGAGAAGGGCGAGUGAACAGUCAGCAGACUCUGACGAAGACACCAAAAGGGUCAAGGUGGGCCUAGCUGGAGAUUGGGAUUCUUCCGAUGAUAACGAAGACAUCAGCGGUGGCUCUGCAGGUCAUUGGUGA